AUGUAAAGCUAAUCGAUUGUAAGCGGUGUGUAUUGUUUUCAUUCCUCAAGGAAGCAGCAUUGCGGAGAGGUGCCUAUUCAAAAGCGUGCAUUUCAUUUGAAAUUACAACACACAUUUUCAUCAAAGAAGUUUUAAAAUUUCCUCAAACCAAACAUGGCUGACGAAGAAGUUAACAAGAAAGCCUACCCAUUGGCUGAUCCAAUAUUAACUACCAAAAUUAUGAACUUGCUCCAGCAAGCACUCAGCUACAAUCAAUUGAAGAAGGGUGCAAACGAAGCCACCAAGACUUUGAACCGUGGUUUGGCCGAAUUCAUUGUGAUGGCUGCUGAUACCAAACCAAUUGAAAUUCUCUUACAUUUGCCGUUGUUGUGCGAAGAUAAGAACGUACCAUACGUUUUCGUUCGCUCGAAGCAAGCAUUGGGACGUGCUUGCGGUGUUUCACGCCCAAUCAUGGCCUGUUCUGUCACCAUCAACGAGGGCUCACAAUUGAAAUCCCAAAUCACCUCAAUUCAACAAGAAAUUGAACGUUUACUAGUUUAAGUACAAACUAUUUUUUUUACACAAAGUUUUUUUUUGAUUUUUCAAAAAAAUGUCUACAGUUUAAGUGACUGAAAUAAAUUCCGGAAAUACACACAAAAAAUGAAGAAAA